GCCUCGAUUGGCUUUGUCUUUGCGCGUCUCACGUGUUUUUGUGUUUGGAAGGAUGGCUGCGAUCUUGCCAGAGACUCGGAUCACAGCAGCGAAGAAGCCGGCAGGCCGAGGACCCCAGCGACGGGUGGCGAAUCAGAUUCCUGCCGAGAUCCUGAAUGACGCGGAUCUGCAGGAGGCCGUCAAGGCUCUCCCUCAAAACUACAACUUCGAGAUUCCCAAGACAGUGUGGAGGGUGAGGCAGGCCCAGGCCAGGAGAGUCGCUCUCCAGAUGCCAGAGGGACUCCAGAUGUUCGCCUGCGCUGUUGCUGACAUCAUCGAGAGGUAGGAGCUUCCUUCACCAUCACACCUGCUAACUCGGAGCGUCUGCCAGGGGAGGAGCGUUUUGAAAUCCUGAUGCUAGCCCUGUCCGCAUCAGCCCUUGUUUGAAGGAAUUCCGCAAUCGAUCUUCGUGCUGUCCAGACCUCCUUUUGACCACAGCCCUUUUAAGUUCGCUUCCUUCAGUGUGUUCUGUUCUAAUAAUACCCCGACUGACCCUAACACUCGCAUUCUGUACUGGGCAGGGGGCAGCUAUUGCCUGUAACACAGCAAGUGAAACACAAGGGCCAUCGGAUCCAGCCCACGAGCGCUGUGGUGCCCCCACAUGGAAUCCAUUUCCAACUUCAGGCCUGGGGGAGGCAUUUAGCUUCUCCCUCUGUCUCCUAAAGCGCAUUUGUGCCGCUGUGACAGGACCCGCAGUGUAGCGAGCAGCACUAGACUCGAGGGAGCACAGCGCCAUGUUAUAAUUUCCUGGGGUUAUCUCAGGGAACUAAAAUGAAAUGGUUUGCUUACGCAGAUCCCAGACCUGUGAGACGGCCUUGUUAAGUGUGAACUGAGGGCAUUAAUCUAGCUAAUUGCACAGUCGGCAGCUCAGUUAUUUUUUGACUGUCGUUUCACUGUGGGCAGUGCGUACACUAGAACUGUUUAGUUUGGCUGAUCCAAGCAGAAUUUCAGCAUAACAGUGAGGAUAAAAAAAGCACCCAUUAAUAAUGAUAAUAGUAAUACAAAUCUGGUUGAACAGCAGGUUCAGCUAUUCCUGUCCUUUUUUAUGUUCUUUUCCCCUCCCUGUUAUUCCUGAUAGCUGUCUAGAGUGAAUCAAGAAAUCGGUGCGUGUUCUUAAUUAAGAUUGCAUGAUCGUUAAUUAAAGCAGUGUUUGAGUUUGGAAGAAGGGGAGCUCAUUUUUGCACAGAGGUGUGGUAGCAUCAUUUCUUCAGGAGUCUUAUUUAUCACUGCCCCGCGAAAAAAAAUAAAAUAAAUGAAACCGCUGGGCUGAGAAGUAAUCUGCCAAACUAGCACUCCUGCCAUUGAAUUAGCUGCUCUCAGAUCCCCAGUACAGCACUGAGUUCUCUACACUAGACUGUAUUGAAUU